UAUCAUUUCCACAAACAACUACCCUCAAUUCCUAGUUUCAUCCUAUAAACACAAAUCACCCACAGAAGCAGAGGAAAAACAGAGGAGAUAUCCUUUCAUUCGAUAUCAGAAACAAAAGAGAUUGAGAUGGCUGAGAAGACACACCAAGCUUAUCCUCCAGCUCAAGCAAACGGUUACACAAGAAGCGAUGGAGAAUCGUUGGUAUCCGAAGAUGAGCUCAAGCGCAAGAAGAGAAUCAAAUUGUUUGCCUACAUUGGUAUCUUCAUUGUGUUUCAGAUCAUAGUGAUGACCGUAUUUGGUCUCACAGUGAUGAAAGUCAAGACCCCCAAGGCCAGGUUGGGGGAAAUCAGUGUUCAAAGCCUCACAUCCGUUCCUGCAACACCUUCAUUCGACACAAAGUUCACAACCCAGAUAAGAAUCAAGAACUCAAACUGGGGUCCUUACAAAUUUGAUGCAGGAACUGCCACGUUCCUGUACCAAGGUGCCACUAUUGGGAAGGUUGAUAUUCCCAAGAGCAAGGCCGGUAUGCGUUCUACCAAGAAGAUCAAUGUCGAGGUGAGUUUGAAUGCCGAUGCAUUGCCAAGCAGUUCCAAGCUAGGAAGUGAAUUAAGCAGCGGGGUGUUGACACUGACCAGCCAAGUUCAGCUGAAAGGCAAAGUCGAAUUGAUGCUCAUAAUGAAGAAAAACAGGAAUGCUUCAAUGGACUGCACUAUAGCAUUCGACUUGUCAACAAAGACAGUCAAGAGCUUACAAUGCAAAUGAUCGGAUCAGCUAAACACUGAGUGAUGGGGGAUGUAGCUAGGCUGCAUCUAUUACAUGGAUUGCUGGAGGAUCAAAUUGCUAGUUCUUAAUUUCCUAUCGUAUUGUUACUAUUUUAUUCUUUUAUUCGUUUUGUGAAUUGAAGCAUAUGUAUUUGUUGUGGAGUUAUAGAAUCUAUCAUGGUGUUUUUUAUUUGA